GACAUGGGUGGCGGUACUUUUGACGUCUCGCUCCUGACCAUCGAGGAUGGCAUUUUCGAGGUGAAGGCCACCGCUGGCGACACCCACUUGGGCGGUGAGGACUUCGACAACCGAGUGGUGGAUUUCUGCAUCCAGGACUUCAAGCGCAAGAACCGCGGCAAGGACAUGGCCGGCAACCAGCGUGCUAUCCGACGCCUGCGGACGCAGUGCGAGCGAGCCAAGCGCACGCUGUCUUCUUCCACGCAG